ACGCGUACGCGUACUCGUGUCUGGACAUCUGACAGGGCCAGAGCCGAGAGCCCCAGAGCCACAGAGCCACCGAGUCUCCUCCAAGUACGACACAGCGAGACGUCAAGGAAAUUAUCGAUUUUCGCAUGAGGCAGUGAAAAUUCCAAGCUCAAUCGGACAGUUUGUGUGCUUGAAAAACUUUGCCCAAUACCUGGGAGAAUUAAAUAGAAAACCGGAGACAGACAGCAACUUGCAACUGCAGAGACUUGCAACGCGUUUUGAGUGCUCGUGUGGGUGUGGCAGCUGGCAGCAGCAGCAGCAGCAGCAGCGGCAGCGGCAGCCAUGGCGGACAGCGAAUUUGAGGAGUUCCAUCGGCCCUUUGAGCCACACACAAUUGCCACAUUUGGUGGGGCAGGUGCAGCAGCCAACAAGAAGAACAAUAAUUCGCAUGCAUUUUACUCUUUAAUUCCCAACGAUGACAUGGAGGACUCAACAUCCUCGAAGAGCGACGGCGAUGGCGAUGGCUCCGACCAGGAGGAUGGCAUUGGCCUGGGCAUGGGCAUGCCGGAACGCGAGCCCAAGCUGCGCCAAGUGGAGGACGACGAGCUGGGUGACGGCCUCAAGGUGACACUCUCCUCCGACGGCUCGCUGGACACGAACGACUCGUUCAACUCGCAUCGACACCAUCCGCUGAACCAUCAGGAUGCCAUUGGUGGCAUCAUGGGCAUGGCGCCCAAUGCACUCUCCUCGGCACCGGUGACCAUUGGCGCCAGCACAGAUCUGCUGACACCAAAUGCGGCAGCCACGCGGCGGCGUCGCAAGUUGCCGGAGAUACCCAAAAACCAGAAAUCUUCCAUUCUGCAUCUUUUAGGCGGCACCAACUAUGGCUCUCUGGCGGAUGAGUUUCGCACUGGCGGCGGCGGCAUCAUCGGCACUGGUCCCAUGACAGGGGCACGCACCGGACAGCAACGCUCAUUCCUCUCGCUAAAGUGCGGCUAUCUGAUGGACGAGGACUCCAGCCCGGACUCGGAGCGGCUGCAGAGCCUGGGGGAUGUGGACAGCGGCCACAGCACCGCGCACUCGCCGAAUGACUUCAAGAGCAUGUCGCCACAGAUCACAUCGCCCGUCUCCCAGUCCCCGUUUCCCCCACCCUUCGGGGGUGUGCCCUUCGGCCAGCUGGAGAUGCUGGAGGCCACACACCGCGGCCUGCACAAGUUUGUGCCGCGACACCACGACGAGAUCGAGCUGGAGAUCGGCGAUGCCGUCUACGUGCAGAAGGAGGCCGAGGACUUGUGGUGCGAGGGCGUGAAUCUGCGCACGGGCAGGCAGGGCAUCUUCCCCUCGGCCUAUGCCGUCGACCUGGACUACAACGAGUUCGAUCCGACGGUGCAGCUGGUGAAGAAGGAGCGCUACCUGCUGGGCUACCUCGGCUCCGUGGAGACCCUGGCGCACAAGGGCACCGGCGUCGUCUGUCAGGCGGUGCGCAAAAUUGUCGGCGAGUAUGGGGCCUCGCCCACCGGGCAGACCUGCAUUCUCGAGGUCUCCGAUCAGGGACUACGCAUGGUGGAUCGAUCGGGCCCAAAUAACAAGAAGGAAAAGAAGCCCUGCAUCGACUACUUCUACUCGCUGAAGAACGUCUCGUUCUGUGCAUUUCACCCACGCGAUCAUCGCUUCAUUGGCUUCAUCACGAAGCAUCCCACGGUGCAGCGUUUCGCCUGCCACGUCUUCAAGGGCUCAGAGUCCACCAGGCCAGUGGCCGAGGCAGUUGGACGCGCCUUUCAGCGCUUCUAUCAGAAAUUCAUUGAAACUGCUUAUCCCAUCGAGGACAUCUACAUCGAGUAGGAUAAUCGGUCAAGGAUUGUGGCUAAUGGACAACGGAUAACGGACGGAUAUACGAUAUAUUUUUUGUGCGGUUAUUAAUUAAAAUACAAAACUAAAACUCAACCACAAAUGUUUGCCCCUUUGUCAAAACGAAAUGAGAAUGUUAUAACCAAAAUUUGUAUAAUCUCGCAAGGCUCCAUUUGCCAGAACAAAACUUAAUACGAAUAUGAUUUAAUUUGUUCCUGCAAACUGUGCAAAUUGCCAUCCCCGAUACAUGUAAAUAGUUAAUUUUAGUUUGUAAAUCCCAAACUUGGAAACGCUUCAAGGCAAUCAAUCAAUCGGUAAUAGCUUCCCCUUUGGGAACCAA